AUGAGUAGCUCAUCUCAUGUCUACACAUCAGUUACCAGUUACCAGGUUCUCCAAAGAGACGGCAACAACACCGCGACUAUCCACCUACCAGGCCAAGCUCCACAAACACUCGGGGUUGGUGGUCCUUACACUGUCGGUAAUGCGAUUCAAGUGAUGGUUGGUGAUGUCUGGGUCAUGGCGGGCCAGAGCAAUAUGCGAGGCUACGGUUACAUCUUGGAUCCCGUCAGUGGUGAAUCUCUGGUGACCAGACCUCUGGCCAGAGUGCAUCUGUUUGGCUCGGACGAGAAAUGGACACUGGCCAGUGAGCCGACCCACCGGCUGGCUCUUUCGCCUCGACGGGUCCACCACACUUUACCCGACCCAACCGUGCGCGAUCCGACAAAACCCAGCGUGAGGGGUGCCUCACUGGGUCUGGCGUUUGCCGCCAAGUACCAGGCCGAGAUGAAUGGUGUUCCGGUAGGGUUGAUUGCAAGUGCCCACGGAGGAGUGACGAUCCAGGACUGGACUCGAUCGGCCAAAGAUCCUGAACAGGACACACUCUAUGGAGCUAUGAUUGGAAGAAUCAAAUCAAACGGAUAUGGAAAUGUAAAUGGUAUUGGUAGUGAUAGUAGUAGUAGUAGUAGCAUUAGCAUUAGCAUUAGGAAUUCUGUGGCGGGAGUACUGUGGUACCAGGGCGAAUCCAAUGCAGUCACACACGAAUUGGCGGACGGGUUCUACGACGCCACCAAGAACUUGAUCAAGACCUGCAAGGAUGACCUCGGAGAUCAACUUCCGUUUGUGGUUGUUCAAAUCGGCCGCCACCUCUGGGAUGACGGAACAAAUUCGAUCCAGGGUUGGGGGAGUGUGCGGGAUGAUCAGCACAACUUAUUAUUGUCGUUGACGAAUGAGGCAAGAGCAACCGUAACAGUAACAGCGACGGCGGCGGAGGUAGAGACGAUGGCGAUGGCGAUGGCGAUGGUGGGGGAGGGGGCGGGGAUGGAGGUUGAUCCGACCAUCGAUGUUGUUUCCAGCAUCGACUGUGAAAUGGAUGAUCCUGUCCACCUUUCGGCAAAAGGCCUGGCACGAGUGGGACACCGCCUUGCACUCGCUGCCUCUGCGAUCAUCCUGAAAACCAGAAAGGAUGGACAAUCAGCUAGCCCGCGCCUAUCUGAGGCCAGAUUCCAAUCAAUAACAUUGCCACCGUCAUUACCACAAUCAUUGCCACCAUCUUUAGUCCAGGGCACCUUUCCCAGCCGUCCAUCGAUUCUGGUUUCAUUUGUGCCACAUGAUCUAAAGUGGAAAAAUACUGCUUCUGCUUCUGCUUCUGCUGCUGAUAUUGAUAUUGAUACUGAUACUAAUAGUAAUACUAAUGCUAAUAAUCAUAUUAAUGGUAAUGGAAACAAGAGGUUGGAUGUGAAUUUGGCGGUUAAUGGAUUCAGCCUGAGAGAUUCUGAGGGUAAUCGGGUAUAUUCGAUAAUCAAGGCAUUGGUGGAAGGACCCAAUGUAAGGUUGUACAUCUCUAGUCAAGCUAUAAAGGCUAUCGAGAGCCGUGAGAUAUAUGUUCACUAUGGGUAUGGCAAGGAUCCCAUUUGUGAUCUCGAAACUCAAUCUGGAAUGGGUUUAUUGGCCUCUAGUAUUCGAAUCUUUUGUGAAUAA